AUGUCAGACGUGAAAGACAAGGUAGCGACGACGACCGACACCGACGCCGCUGUCGCGCCGCCGCCGCCGGCGCCGGCGAAACUCUCCCUCAAAGACGCGUUCCUCUCGCACAUCUGGGACACAGACACGCACCUCAAGUCCCCCGCGGAGCGGCGCCUGCUCUUCAAGCUCGACGUCGCGAUGCUCACCUGCUUGUGCUUGGGCUUCUUCAACAAGUAUCUCGACCAGAGCAAUAUCUCGAAUGCCUACGUGUCGGGGCUUAAGGAGGAGCUCAAGUGGUACGGGAACCAGUAUACAUACGCCCAGUCGCUCUACACCGCCGCGUACGCCAUCAUGCAAGUGCCGUCGACGCUCAUAGUCCAAAAGGUCCGCCCGUCGCUCUGGCUCGGCGGUUGCGAGGUCCUCUGGGCGAUCUUCACCUUCGCGCAAGCGGGCGCGCACUCCACGAGCACGAUGUACGGCCUGCGCUUCAUGGUCGGCGUGACCGAGAGCGCCUUUUUUCCCGUGGGCCUCUUUCUCCUCGGGUCAUGGUACACGCCCACCGAGCUGGCGAAGCGCACGGCCAUCUUCCACUUCACCGCGCCGGCCGGGUCAGCGUUCGCGGGAUACCUCCAAGCGGCGGUAUACAAGACACUGAACGGGCGCCACGGGCUCGAGGGGUGGCGCUGGCUUUACAUCAUCUGCGGGGUGAUCACGCUGCCGUGUGGCUUGCUUGUGUGGGGCGUGUUGCCCGACUAUCCGUCCACGGGGCGCAAGCGCUGGUGGUUGACGGAGGAAGAGGUCGAGCUCGCGCGCGAGCGCGUGGCAAGGGCGAAGCGCGCGCAGACGGACGGCAAGCUGUCCUGGCCUAUCCUGAAGCGGAUCGGAUCCAGCUGGCACGUGUACGUGCUUCCUCUCACGUACAUCUUCUACGGGCUCGCGCUCCAGGACGCGGGGUACUUUGGCAUCUGGCUGAAGUCGACAAAGAAAUACUCCAUCGAAAUGGUCAACAUCCUGCCGACCUUCACCUCGGUCAUCGGCGCCGUGUCCAUCCUGCUCUGGGGCUUCGGGUCAGACUACACCGGCUCCCGGGCGGCCUUCACGCUCGGCCCGCUGGCAUGGGGCCUGUUCCCGACCGGCGUGUUGGCGUUCUGGCCCGCCUCGCUGCGGCUCAAACAGGCCGCGUUCCUCGUCGCCUCGAGCCCGCUCGUCACGGCCGUCGUGUUCAGCUGGUGGAACGAGAUCUGCAGUGCCGACCCGCUGGAACGCGCGCUCGUGAUCUCGCUCUCCAAUGGCCUCCAGUACGCCAUGAACGCUUGGAUCCCGCUGCUUAUCUUCAAGCAGACGGACGCGCCGAGCUUCCGCAAGGGCUUCCCGACGACGUUUGCGUUCAAUAUUAUCGCGCUGGGCCUGUUGACGCUCGUGUUCUUCUUGCAUCGGCGUGAGAAGCGUGGGGUCAAGGCCGACGAGGAGGAGGAGGCUGGGGCAGAGAGCGAGGGCGACGCCAAGGUCAAGGUCGCCGGCGAGGGCAUUCCCGUGCUCUCGCACGACGGGGUCAAGUCGGUUGCUUAG